GAGGCUCAGUCGUAGGAAGAUUCCACUAGCCGCAUGCUUCGGUCUCUCCCCCCUAACUUAACGUUUUGGGAGGCAAACCAAUAUUUUCUUACACAUUAAUUAGUGCAGUUAACCAUAUUGAUUUUCCUUUUUUAUCUUACUGAACCGCAACAACAUCACCAACCAUCGAUGGCAGAGCCACCCAAGGGAAAAAACCAUGGGGAAGAGGAUGACGCUGGAGCUACUUUCGUUCUCCAAUCCAAAGGUGAAUGGUGGCAUGCGGGGUUUCACUUAACGACGGCGAUCGUUGGGCCAACGAUAUUAACGCUGCCGUAUGCGUUCAGAGGAUUGGGGUGGGGGCUUGGGUUCUUGUGCUUGACGAUGAUGGGAGUGGUGACGUUCUAUUCUUACUACCUAAUGUCUAAAGUGCUUGAUCACUGCGAAAAGUCCGGUCGCCGCCACAUUCGCUUCCGUGAACUCGCCGCUGAUGUCUUAGGGUCGGGAAGGAUGUUCUAUUUUGUCAUCUUUAUUCAAACGGCAAUCAACACUGGAGUUGGAGUAGGGGCAAUCUUGCUUGCAGCAGAAUGCAUUGAGAUCAUGUACUCCAAUAUUUCACCUCAUGGACCCCUGAAAUUGUACGAGUUUAUAGCAAUGGUGACAGUUGUGAUGAUAGUUUUGUCUCAGCUUCCUUCUUUCCAUUCCUUGCGACACAUCAACUUGUGUUCGCUGCUUCUCAGCCUUGGCUACACGGUCCUGGUGGUUGGUGCCUGUAUCCAUGCAGGUACUUCCAGAAAUGCCCCUCCAAGGGACUAUUCCUUGGAACCUAAGAAGUCUGCAAGGGCCUUCAGCGCAUUCACUUCCAUCUCCAUAAUUGCAGCAAUAUUUGGGAAUGGCAUAUUACCCGAAAUACAAGCAACUCUAGCGCCCCCUGCCACUGGGAAGAUGGUAAAAGGCCUUAUGAUGUGUUAUUCUGUAAUUUUAGUGACUUUCUACUCUGCUGCAGUUUCUGGAUAUUGGGUAUUUGGAAACAAAUCCAACUCAAACAUUUUGAAGAGUCUGCUGCCAGAUGAUGCCCCUUCUUUGGCUCCAACUUGGGUCCUUGGACUUGCAAUCAUCUUUGUUCUUCUUCAGCUCUUUGCCAUUGGCCUCGUUUAUUCUCAAGUUGCUUAUGAGAUAAUGGAAAAGAAAUCAGCUGAUGUGAGGCAGGGGAUAUUUUCGAAAAGAAAUCUUAUUCCUCGCAUAAUUCUUCGAACAAUUUACAUGAUAUUCUGUGGGUUUUUGGCAGCUAUGCUGCCAUUUUUUGGAGACAUCAAUGGUGUGGUUGGUGCAAUUGGUUUCAUACCUUUGGAUUUCGUUCUGCCUAUGCUGCUCUACAACAUGACAUACAAGCCUCCAAAAUCAUCCUUAAUAUAUUGGAUCAACAUCUCAAUUAUGGUGAUAUUCUCGGGUGCAGGAAUCAUGGGUGCAUUCUCUUCCAUAAGGAAAUUGGUUCUUGAUGCCCAUCAAUUUAAGCUGUUUGGCAGUGAUGUUGUGGAUUAAGCAAAUGUUUGCAUAAAUCAGGGGCGAAAGGAUAAGGAAUACCACAAAAAGUUAUUUCCAUUUGUAAAAUGGGUGACAGCAGAAAGAUAGAAAACACUGUCCCCAGCAUAUGUGUUGUGCUGAUGCUAUAAUUACUAAGAUCAGCACGUAAGAACUUGUAAUCGGUAAGUUCCAUAGCAAGCAACAACUGGAGUUUAGGUUAAUGUUGUAUGGGUUGUACUUUUGGUUCUUCAGAACAUGAAAAAAAAUUUGUUAUGAUUAUUAAAAAAUAGUAAACAAAAUU